AUGGAUAAUGGAGUGUUUUAUGAUCCAAAACAAAAUAUAGAACGUAUUUUCGAAGUGGAAAGGCUUUUUGGAUUCCCUUCUAAUAAACUAGUAACUUCAAAUCGCGUGUUAGUUGGGGAAGGUGUUUUGACAAAGAUAUGUAGAAGAAAGCCCAAACUGAGACACUUUUUCCUAUUUAGUGAUGUGUUAAUCUAUGGAAGGAUUGUAUUAAAUAGGAAAGUUCUUUGUAGCCCUCAGUUCAUAGACCUCGCUGACUCCUGUGUUAAGAAUGUCGUGGACAAUGGGAUCUACCGGAAUGGAUUUUCAAUUCUCAGUCCAAGAAAGUCUUUCACGGUUUAUGCGAGCACUUCUGAAGAGAAAACACAAUGGGUAAUUCAUCUGAAGAAAUGUAUUUCAAACUUUGCUUCUGGUGUGCAAUACGAUUCAGUUAGAAAAUCUCCAAUAUGGAUUCCGGAUUCAGAAGCAUCUCAUUGUAUGGUAUGUGGUACUACUGAAUUCAGUCUUGUUCAUCGAAGAAUAUUGGUACAAGGAAGCACCGAAUACAUAUGCGCCACACAAAUCUCGAUAUGUGUGAGGGCUGUGAUACUGCCCGGGUGUCCAAACGGAAGCAGGUGGUUUUCUUAGUGGGCCACACCCCGAGCCUUCGACCUGAAGGUCUGAUCCUUUUUUAGGCUAAAUCAAUGUGCAUCUAUCAGUUUACUUGCUCAUAUGGAGCCGGUUAUAUCGAUUUCACAAAGCAAGCUCUUUUGAAACACAUCUCCGAAUAUUAUCUUGUCUGGAUUUCGAAAGGAUUACAGAAGUCAGCCAAAAGCUCAUUCAUGGAACAUUUAGUUAAUUCUGGUCACCCUGCUUCACCAGAAGCCUUCUUCGAAAUUAUACUUACAGUUAGAAGAGUCAGCUCUAGAGGAAUGGAAGGAUAAAUCAAUAAUUUAAUGUUGAUAAAUAAUAAACUAAUCCAUUUCAAAGUUUAUUAACAUAAGAAGUAACAAACAAUCAACUAAAACUAGAUUUCUAUACUUUCAUAUUCAAUUUAAAAGAAAAAAAAAGUUUAUUUUGAAAGACUUCAUUUUAUGAAAUUUUAUUAUUUAAUUUAAUGAUGUUAUGGAAUGUUUGAAUCGGAAGUUUAUACUAUAUCACAUGCAAUUAUGAUACCAUAAUAAAUGAAUUUAUACUUUUCUAAAUACUAAUAUAGUUCAAUAUAAAUUAUUAGUCUAAAAUAACAAUGUAUUUAUUUAGUUGUAUCAUUUUCUUGAAUCUAUCAUCAUAUCAGAUAGCCUAUUAAAUAUUACUUACUUACUUAUUUACGCCUGUUACUUUCAAUGAAGCAUAGGCCGUCGACCAGCAUUCUCCAACUCACUCUGUCCUGGAUCUUCCUUUCUAGUUCUAUCCAAUUUUUAAAUAUAGUAAUUCUUUGUUAUUAGUUAAAUUUUAAUGUUUAUUUUGUAUAAAUUGUUAUUGUGUUAAGAUUGUUUUCGGGUCAGUUAACGUGUUCAGAUGUGACCUAAUUUAAAAUAUACUUUGUCAGAAUAUGUUCCGUAAACUGUGGACAAAAUCUCGUCAUAUAUGUUUUAGUAAAAGAAGACUAAGAAUUGUAACAUAGUUAUUAUGUAAUCUUAUUUAUUUCGUGAAUUUACUUCAAUUGCUCAUAACCUGGAAAUUAUUACUACAUUAAUGAUGAAAAAAGAAAAAGAAGAACGACGAAAUAAAGUCAGGUCUUCCCGAUUACAUAAAUGGGGCACUUUAUUUUCUAGGUCAACCAUUGGAACAAUUCCAUCAGAUAUAAGAUCACAUUCUGUACUAGAUGCCCAAUCAAACAUCUUAUCACACACAUUGAGCCAGUUCAGAUCAAGAACACUUUAUGAGACUAACACGUAUAUUCUACGGUAGCAAAAUAAAAUGAUAGAAUCAGAUAUCUGUCUAACUACCUUUUGUCUGUCUGAGAAUAUCGAUCAAUCACCGUGUACUUUCGUCUACACAACACAAGUGGGGAAUGCUUUACAUCACAGAAUUACUGAUUAGAUUGUUCAAGUUUAUAUGAAUGUAGGUUUUUAAAACAAUUAACGUUGAAGAGUCAAAAAAAUCAUUCUCACAGUUAUUUAUACGAAUAUCUUAGAAGAUAUAAUUGAA